UGUUUCUCUCUCUCUCUCUCUCUCGGGCCUGAGGAGAGUGAGAGCGGAGCUGCGCGAGCUUACACUGAUUCUUCUCGAGCGCCUUGACUUUCUUCUGCUGCUCCUCCAAAAUACCAAGUUUAUCCCCAUAGAAAGCGCUGCGAAAACUGCUCAGACUUCACAAUCAGCAUUGGAAUAUCAUUUCAAAGCGUUUUCCCAGCUUUCCCCCCGAUUUCUGGACUGCGAGACAUGGAUAGAUGGAAAAGUUUGGCUGUUUUUGGUGUCUGAGGGAGUUCGAGAGCGAUGAGUCCCGCGAAGAGAUUUCACACAUCUGACUGGAAAAACACUCAUUUACUGCGCUCAUCUGCACAAUUAACCACUUAUUAAACUCAGCCAGUGGAGAUAUGACUAUAGAAGUGUCUCUCUGUCCCGCUGGAGGUGUGAUGUGGAUCUGUGACGCCGGUGUGUGUCCAGAGGAGCAGAUGUAGGGGUCCGAUGGUGUGUUAAAGGCACCAUGGGGAGCUGCUGUAGCUGUCCCGAUAAAGAGAUCAUCCCUGACAACCAUCACAACAAAUUCAAGGUGAUAAACGUGGAUGAUGACGGUAAUGAGCUGGGCUCGGGUGUGAUGGAGUUGACGGAGGAAGAGCUGAUUCUGCACACACGCAAACGAGACGCCGUGAAGUGGCCUUACCUCUGCCUGCGGCGAUAUGGCUACGACUCCAACCUCUUCUCCUUCGAGAGCGGCCGGCGCUGCCAAACCGGGCAAGGGAUAUUUGCGUUCAAGUGCGCGCGGGCAGAGGAGAUCUUUAACAUGCUGCAGGACAUCAUGCACAACAACAGCAUCAGUGUGGUGGAGGAGCCGGUGCUGGAGCCCGAGCUUCCAGUGACGCCUCACACUCCCACCACUCCUGGUUACUCCGUCCCGACGGUAGCCAAUGGGAUCGGCCGCUACCCAUCUUUCGGCGACGCCUCCUCGCGGCCGUCCAGCCGUCACCCUUCGGUGGGCAGCACCCGUUUACCCUCAGUAGGGGAGGAGUCCACACACCCACUGCUGCUCAAUGACGAGACGGUGCACACUUAUGUCAACACGACGGGUCUACAAGAGGAGCGGAGCUCUCGGGGCGGUGGCCACGCCCCUCUAGAGCUCCGGACGUCCAAUCCAGAGAGCGCAGCCCCAGCAUCGCCCAAUGAGCUGGAGCCACACGUGCUUCUAGAACUGGAGGCUGUGAAGUUUGUUUUAGGCCCCACGCCUGUCCAGAGACAGAUGCUGCUCAAGGAGAGACCGCAAGAGCCGGGCGAGCAGGACACCGUAGCGGCGGGCCCGAGCACUAACGCCGCUUCUCCCGCAAAAACUGUAAACGGCGGCACAGACUGCGACACGGGCUACGACAGCGACGAGCGCAAGGAGACGCCGCAUGAGACUCAUAACGGAGGAUCUGGAGCGAGACGCAACAGACCUCCCGUUCCGCUCCCAGACGCCCACAACGCUAACAACUCAGCCCAGCGGCGGACCGCGCUGCUCAACUACGAGAACCUGCCGGCGCUGCCGCCCGUCUGGGAGACCCGCAAACCCAACAGCGAGGCUGAGGACAUGGAGGAACUCAAAUCUCCGUCUCUGAACGGCUUCCACUCGUUCGAUCACAACUACGUGAACACGGAGAAUGUCACGGUGCCGCUCAGCGCACACAAACUCCACAGCACUCAGCCCACCGUAUUCAACUUCGACCUCCGCAGGCUCGGCCAGCUCAACUACAUCGAGGUGGAGAUGGACAAAGUGUCAGACUCCAGCGGGCCGCACACCCCCAAAACGCCCUCCACGCCCCUGCCGCCCACCCCCACGCGCCGGACGGAGCUGUACGCCAUCAUCGACAUCGAGCGCACCGCUGCCAUGUCCAGUCUGCAGAAAGCCCAGCCGCGGGACGACGGCACAUCCAGGAAAACACGACACAACAGUACCGACCUGCCCAUGUGACCCGAGCAGCAAGAACACAGUGUCUCUCUCCAAAACACGUCUUGGUCACAUUUCACUACUGAAUAUAGACACAUACAUCAUUAUAUUCCAAAUGAAGCCUGUUUUAUACAUGCAAACCAAAGCUGCAUUUAUUUGAACAAAUAUAGAGGGAAAAUUUUGAAAUAACAUUAAAAUUUUGAGUAAGUGUGAAGAUCUGUUCAAAUGUAAUUUAUUGCUGUGAAUUUUCAGCAUCAUUCCUCCAGUCUUCAGGGUCACAUGAUCUUCAGAAAUCAUGAAAAUAAACUGAUGUGCUGCUCGGUUAUUAUCAGUAUGUUUUUGCUGCUUAAUAUCUUUGUGGAAACCGUAAAACAUUUUGUUUAUCACAAUUCUAUAAUGAAUAGAAAGUUCAAAAGAACAGCAUUUAUUUGAAAUCUAAUUAUUUAGCUAACAUUAUAAAAAAGUGCAAGUUAAUGCAUCAUUGCUAAGUAAAUGCAUUAUUAUUACUAUUAUUAGUACUAUAUAUUUGUUUACCCACUACAAACUUAGUGGAAGUAUGUCAGUUUCCAUAAAAAUAUUGAGCAGCACAACACGUUUUUCAACACUGAUAAUAAAGCAGCAAAUCAGUAUAUUAAAAUGAUUUCUGAAGAUCAUGUGACACUGAAGACUGGAGGAAUGAUGCUGAAAAUACAGAUUUGAUCACAGAAAUAAAAUACUUUUUAACAUAUAUUCACACAUUAAACAGUUAUUUCAAAUAGUAAUAAUAUUUCAUUAUAUUACUGUUUUUACAGUUUUUUUUUUUAAUGCAGCCUUGGUGAUAAAAAAAAUGAUUUUCAAAAACUGUCCAUUUUACAAUCUCAAGUUUUUCAAACAAUAAGAAGCUUCAGUUGUGUUAUGGAAAAUGUUCAUAUUUUUUAAAAAUUAUUAUUUAGGGUGAAAUAUGACCUUAAAGGGACACGUUUUGUGAGAUUCGCUCGUAUAUAAAGUAUAUGUACUAUCUGUGGCGGGAAAGCGCAGGUCUGGGAUGGUCAAGUCAAACAGGUACAGAUGAGGAAACACUGCGAUGGUUCAGCUGACCUCAUUCACCAAUGCUGUGAUGUUUGAAGUGUUCGAGACUCUCGUGGUUACUGCGUCGAUGUAAGUCACUCAUUUUGCACUUGAGAGCAGUGAAAGAUGCUCACUACGGUAUUCUAGAAUCACAUGGUACACUGCCGUCACUUUAAACGCUCGCUCUCCCUCCACAGCCCUUCUGCUAGCGUGAGCCCAGAGGAGCGUCUGUCGACCAAACACACGUCUCAGAGCAGCUCUGUUCUUUCACACGCCUGAUAUCUGAUGAGCGUUUGGUGCUUUACAAGGGUUUUCAGGUGUAGAAAUAUUAAUGAUGCACUGUGCAUCUCCGACUGUAUUGCUAAUGGACAAUAUUAUCAGCCUCUACUGGAAGAGGAUACAAUCAGGCUUAUUUUCCCCUCAACUUAAAACAGACUUCCCCAAAAAAUAAAUAACAAAUAAUAAUAAUAAAUAGCCUACAUGGUUUAAAAAUUAUUUUUCUAUAACAGGUUGCAAAUAUACUUAACUAUAGUGUUAUUACAAAUGAAAGAAAUCAAAUUUUACAUGAAAAGUAUACUUUAAUUUGAGGUUCCUUGAAAAAAAAUGGCGAAGAAAUAAAAAUUUCUUUUAAAAUCUUUCAACAAGCAUCUUUAAGGAUUUUAGUUAAUUUUUUAAAACAAAGCUACUCUGAAACAAAUGGUGUAUAAACACAUAUACAUAUAUAUAUAUAUAUAUAUAUAUAUAUAUAUAUAUAUAUAUAUAGUUUAUACUAAAAAUCGUGGCAUAGAAACAAAAAUAGAAAAUAGUUUUCACUCUGAAAAUGUAUAAAUUUCAGAAUUAAUUACAAAGAAAUGGUGAAUUAAACAUGAAACAUACUCUAAUAUUCUAUCCUUUACGACUACAAAAAAAAACUUCUUUACAGUGUAUAUUCAUAUUAUUGGCCAUGUAUCAGAUGAACUGAAUCGGUGCGUCCCUGUCAAACUCUAACGUUUCACAAACACACAUCAGUGUUGUAAAGAUGGAUAACAGAAACAUUCAGGUCCUCACAUGCUUUCAGAAGGAGCUGGAGGAUGUUUGCCGAGCGCCAGAUGUGAUUGUAUCGCUCCGAUGUUCAGAGGGGUUUCCAAACAAAACACACAUCUGUUUAUGAGCAGACGGACUGAUCGAGACAGCCGCUUUAUGUAAAGUUUCUAUUGUAAAGUUUAUCGUAUGCUCAAGUUGCAUUAUUAUCAUGUUACUCUCUACCUUUUUGAGAGCGUGUGCAAAUAUAGGAACAUUCACAUGUACAAAACAACACUUAGUAGGUUUAGAAAAGAAAAAAAAAAAGUGUAAAAAUCAAGAUCAUUUGCCAAAUCUGAGGAAUUGAAUGAUUGUUGGGAUCUUUCAGGUGUGUGUGUGUGUGUGUGUGUGUGUGCGGUUACAUUCCUAAGCGAGUAUUUCACCAUUAUGGACGUUGUACUGAAACUAGUUUUGAUAUUUGCAUUUGAUAUAUUGGGUAUUGAUAUCAGUUUAGUAAAAUGUUGGUAUUUUUUUGAAAAAAGACAGAAUAUUGUGUAUUUUGUGAUAUGUACACCAUUACAUCCCCGCCAUCGGUGCCAACUCUAUUUUUGUAGCAUGGCAAAAAAAUCAUUAAAAAUCAAAAUGAAA